GCCCCUGCAGACCCCCCUGCGAGUGCUGGACCUGGCCAACUGUGCCCUGAACCACGCAGACAUGGCCUUCUUGGCAGACUCUGCCCACGCUGCCCACCUGGAGGUGCUGGACCUGAGUGGACACAACCUGGUCAGCCUGUUCCCCUCGACCUUCUUCAGGCUGCUCGGCCAGGCUGCCCGGACGCUGAGGAUCCUGACGCUGGAGGAGUGUGGCAUCGUAGACAGCCACGUUGGCAUGCUGAUCCUGGGCCUGAGCCCCUGCCACCAGCUGCGCCAGCUCAAGUUCCUCGGGAACCCGCUGUCGGCCCGCGCCCUCCGGCGCCUCUUUGCCGCGCUCUGUGAGCUCCCCGAGCUGCGCUGCAUCGAGUUUCCAGUGCCCAAGGACUGCUACCCUGAGGGUGCCGCCUACCCCCAGGACGAGCUGGCCAUGUCCAAGUUCGACCAGCAGAAAUACGACGAGAUCUCCGAGGAGCUGCGUGCCGUGCUGCUGCGGGCGGACCGAGAGGACAUCCAGGUCUCCACGCCCCUCUUUGGAAGUUUCGACCCAGACAUUCAAGAAACAAGCAAUGAGCUUGGCGCUUUCUUGCUGCAAGCUUUCAAAAACGCUCUAGAAAACUUCUCCAGAGCACUCAGACAAAUAGAGUAG